AUGUCGACAGUACAACAAGCCCUAUCACACAAAAUUACUCGAACUAUCUAUUGGACCGAUUCCACUAUCGUCCUCCAUUGGCUCAAUACAUCACCUCACACCCUUAAAACAUUCGUCGCUAACAGAGUCUCCGAAAUCCAAACAAAAACCAGCAUCCGCGAUUGGCGCCACGUUCCUACCGACGACAAUCCCGCGGACUUAAUAUCACGCGGCCAAACACCCGAAGAGUUUCUGCGCCCAACCAUCUGGCAGCACGGUCCUGCAUGGCUCUACCAGCCGGAAAACUACUGGCCGACAUGGGCGCUAACACCGCAAGUUGAAGUACCGGAGCAGAAGGGGGCGAUUUGUCUGUCCGCGAACCUCGCCGAUUACAGUUUGUUGCAAAGAUAUUCAUCCGGGCCCAAGUUGAUACGAAUCAUAGCUCGUUGCCUCCGUUGGAAACAGAAAAAGAACCGGGCGGCACCCCUAACCGUCACCGAAUUACGCACAACACGCGAUAAGCUAAUAAAAUUGUUGCAAAACAUCCAUUUCUCCGAGGAAAUUCGUACACUCCAAAAAGAUCGGAACGCGGCGAUAAAGGGUAAGCUCACGCGACUCAAUCCGUUCAUAGACAAGGAAGGAAUAUUGCGAGUCGGGGGUCGACUCAGUCAUUCGUCGAUGACCUUCGCCCAGAAACAUCCCAUAAUAUUACCUAAGUCAUCCGUUACAACACGCAUCAUAGAACACGAGCACAAGAUCCACAUGCAUUCCGGAACGCAGGCUACGUUAUACGCAGUAAGACAAAGAUACUGGCCCGUCGACGGUCGAAGUCAAGUAUGGCGGGCGAUCAAAGGCUGCGUCCGCUGCUGCCGCGCUCAACCACCGCCGGUAGAAUACGUGAUGGGUAAUCUGCCGGAGGCGCGAGUAACGGAAUCUCGCCCAUUCACAAACGUCGGCGUCGAUUACUGCGGGCCGUUCCACAUCAAGGAAAAACGAGAUCGUAACCGUCGUCAGAUAAAAGUAUACGUAGCCAUUUUCGUAUGCCUAGCAAUUAAAGCGGUACACAUCGAGCUCGUUGACGAUCUCACUAGCGAAGCCUUCAUCGCCGCUCUUCGGCGAUUUAUCGCCCGACGAGGGUAUUGCUCCACCAUCCAUUCUGAUAACGGCACCAACUUCAGAGGAGCAAGCAACGAAUUACGAGAGCUUCACGAUUUAUUACAAUCGGACGAUCACAAAGAAAAAGUAACCGCAUUUUUAGCCGACAAACAAAUCGAAUGGCGCUUCAUUCCCCCUCAUUCACCGCAUUUCGGUGGGCUAUGGGAAGCAGCGAAAUAG